AGUGAGCUGGAGGCUUGUGGCAGGUUUCUGCUUUGCCGUUACCUGCUCUGAGGUUGCCAAUGGGGUGGUCUUCAACCCGGGGUCAUCUUCGAGUGGUGGAGGGUCUUUUUCGAGAGCGCAGGAGUUGCAACUGCAACAGGUGAGAAAGGAGCUUGAAAAGUUGAAUGAAGAUUAAGGCUCAAUAUAUUUCAUUUCUAAGAGUCAUUUCUCGCAGAUUCCUUCUUAGAAUUAUGGAGAAAUGAAGGCAAGAAAUGGAAUGCUUUGAGCUCUAAGAAAAGGAGGCGAAAGAAGAAAUGAAUUGGAAAGCUGCGCAGAAGGCGAUCAACGAAGAACAAAAUAAAUUUUUCGAAGCAGGGUUUAUCAUCGAGGAUAAGUAUAGACUUGAACUUAAACGAGCGCUUUGCCAGCGCGACGAGGAGUGGGAAGCUGCUCGUAAAAAGAACGAUGAACGUGCACGUUAUGUGAAGCAGAAUUAUGCGGCGCAUACCCCUGAAGGAGACAACAAAUUUGCGCAGAUGCAAGUCGAGUUUGAUCAGGAGUGGAAAGCCGCGGAACUGAAAUACGCCGACCUCCAACGGGAAUACAGCGAGGAAAACAAGCAAAAGGCAACCGAGCAAGGAAGGCAGAACUACGAGAAAAAAGUAAAGGAAAUAAAAGCGAAACUGGAUCCUCACUAUUAUAGCAAGCGGAAAGAGGGAGCGAGCAAGCGCGUGGAGCUUGAGGCAAUGAUUAAACUACUGCAGACGAAGUUGGAGCGUCCGAAAUCUUUAACCGAAAAGGAAGAAAAAGAAGCAGAAAAGGACAAGAAGCUUGCUCGAGGUUGACUUCUGCCAGAGAUUAAUGACGGUGCGACAACAAUCAAAAAGGACUGACUUCUACGGCUCGCGCUUCUCGAAGUGCAAAGGGCGAAAAAAUGAGGACUAGAACAGCUUGCUAAUUAACUUCUUCUAUACCCCAUGAGUGGGUACCUUACUACUACUACUAAGAGCUUGGAAGAACUCUGAGU